AUGCAAAGAGAGAACCCUCCUCCCGAGCCCGCCACUUUCAAGGGCCGCCUGCAACUGGAUUCUUUCAAAUACACAUCCCCCGCGACAGAGGGCGGCGUUCGUCGCAAUCCUCCUCGGCAUGCCUCAUCCCCCGGCAACGGGGCCUCCCGCAGGCUGACCAGAGAAAUCAAAGCAAGAAAAAGCAGCUCGUCUCGGGGCCCCUCGUCCCCGUCCCCGUCCCCGUCCCCGUCCCCGUCGGCGUCGGCGUCGUCCAGAAAACGCGGCUCGUCCACCGCGUCGCCCUCCCGGAAGAGAAAACGCGCCCCCUCAGGCUACGCGCCUCCCUCGCUCUACGCCCAUCUGCCCCGUCUGCCCGACGCCAUCGCGCACAACCUCCUCGUCCUCUUUGUCGGUCUCAACCCCGGCAUAGAAACCGCCAGGAAGGGCCACGCCUACGCCCACCCGUCCAAUCUGUUUUGGAAGCUCCUGCACUCCAGCGGCGUGACGCCCCGUCGGUGUUAUCCCGAGGAAGACGGGCAGAUGCCGCAGCUUUACUCGCUGGGCCUGACCAACAUUGUCUCGCGGCCAAGCAGGAACGGGUCGGAGCUGAGCAGGGCCGAGAUGGACGACGGCGUGGCGGUUCUGGAGGACAAGGCGCGCCGGUGGCGUCCAGAGAGCAUGUGCAUCGUCGGCAAGAGCAUAUGGGAAAGCAUAUGGCGGGUUCGGCAUGGUGCGGCCGUGGGGGCCAAGUUCAGGUACGGGUGGCAGGACGAGGAGGAGAACAUGGGAGUCGUGCAGGGGGAGUGGAAGGGCGCGAGGGUGUUUGUCGCGUCGAGCACCAGUGGCUUGGCGGCCACGCUGUUGCCGGCUGAGAAGGAGAGGAUUUGGGCCGACCUGGGGGCUUGGGUGAAAAUGAGGAGGGCGGAGAGAGAGGUACGGGCAGAUAGGUCUGAAGAGGAGCUGCAAGCUAGUGGUUGA